AUGUACAGGAAUGAAGCUCCAUCCUCGCCAAGAGGCACUCCCCAACCUCGCUCCAAUCGCUUUUCCUUUGACCACCUUCAGACGGCUUCCGUAACUUCGGAACCCAGGGAAGAUGUAGUAGAGAUUGCCAGUGCCACAGGUGGUGGUUAUGGUGGUGCUGGAGGUCAGACAGGAGUCGCACAUUCCGCAGCCAUCACUGGAACCUCUCUCACUGGAACCUCAGCCACUAGCUCGACCACUCUUUCAGCCUUUGCUGUUAUGAAUCGAUUUCAAGCCACGUUAUUUUCCCUUAUUGUGGCUUUGCAAUCAAGCUCCAAACAAUCCUCCAUCAUGUUUUGGAUGUUGACCUUUGUUUUCAAUUGUCAUCUCCUAUGGGUGAGUGUAUUCAUUCCGACAGUGGGUGGAAUGAAUUUUGGAGAGUAUGGAGAGUGGGUCUUUACAGUUGCCAAUUAUCCACUCACGCUCUCGUUGAAUUUAGUUCCCUAUGAAGGAAUGGUUGCUUUGGUGUUCAUUGUUUUUGCCACUCUCUUGUUGUACAUUGCUUUAUUGUUCAUGACUUAUCAGAGAGUGAUUAAUACAAGAAGAUUUUCGGAUUGGUUCUUGCAAGCGACUCGUUUCUUCAACUUUUUAAUCUUGAUUGCUUGUGGAACCAUGACGUUCGUGUUGACCAGCCUUCUCGAAUGCAGCAGUUCGAUCACCUUGGACAAUGGAGGCAGCGUCUCUGCCAUUCAACUCUCUCGUUAUUCCAAUGUCGAUUGCUAUCACACACCUAAUAUUAUCUUUUAUGCCUUCUCAUUGGUUGCAUUUGUCAUACUCAUUGGAUGUGUGGCAUUGUCAGCCAUGAUCUAUCGAAAUAGCCAUCCCAUGAAUAAGUCUUUAUUUACCAGCUUGAACAAUAAUGCUUUAAUGUUGCAAUUGGUAUUGAAUUGUUUGGAAAUUAUGACCAUCUUUUUAAUUCCAAAACAAAUGCUUCAGAUUCGUGCCAUUGUUCAUUUGCUCUUUUCCAUUGCUUUUCCUCCUCUCUUUCUUUCAAAUUUACCCUAUUUCAGAAUGAUUGCAAAUUCUUUAUUCGUUGGUGCAAGUGGUGCCAAGAUUGGUGCAUCGAUUGGAGUUGUUAUUUCUACAUUUGUAAAUUCUCAAAAUUCGAAUGAUCUUGGACUCUAUUUGAUGGCUGUCACUCUUGGUCUGAUAGUGUUGGGUUUCAUUGUUGGUUUUGUUGUGAUGGAAUUCUUUCAACGACUCACCUACAAACAAGUUGAAAAAAUUGUCAAUGAAAAUAAGGAAAAUCUGUCACAAGUGUUGCACAUCUUUGAAAACAAGAAAAGAUGGUUAAUCAUGUAUUUACAAUUCUCAGUGAUCCGACCUAUUAGUGUAAAUGAAGAUGUGACACUCUCUCUCGCUAAAGUGAUUGGCGCCAACAAGAAUCAAGCCCAACAGCAUCCUUUCUUGUUGUUGAUCAGUGCUCUCAUUAUUGCAUACACGUGGCAAGAUGGAAACUCUCACUCCUUUGCCAUGUAUAUGUUUAAACGAUGUAUGAAAAUGUCAAACAAUAUUUUUGUCAGAUUUCAAGUGCAACAACGAUCCAAAGAAGUUGAACUGGAUGAAACAAGUGCAUCUCUUGCUUUGAAAUGUAUCACUGAGAGUAAGCAUGUGUUGGAUAGUUUAGAAAAAUUUGAAGACGAGUUGAGAACUCUUCAUCGAAUGUUUUGGAAAGAGUUAAUGAAUGACAUUCCAAAUGAUGUCAAAAUUGAGUACAUUAAUCGAAGAUGUGCUGAUUUAACGAGCCACAUUGAAGAAAUGUAUCAUAAUCUCAUGCGUAAAUAUCGUAAUGAAAAAACAAUCAUCAGAAAGUACGCCAAUUUUGUUGAAGUGUUUCGCUUUGACAAGGAAACAGCUCAAUCUCUGUUUGCAGAAGCUAAUGAACUGGAAGAAGAGGGAUCCAAAUACAAUUUUCUACCUAUCAACAAUAAUGUAAAUAGAAAUUUAAGACUUUCAAUGGUCAGCCAGAGAUACGAGCAAAUAAUGAUGACCAAUAUUGAGGGUGAGCCAAAUAAUGAUGAAUUUACUGGAAUUGAAACAAAGGAAUUCUCUAAAAAAGAUGUUGUGUUGAAGAAUUCUCUCAGACAUUUAGAAAACAACAAGGGGUUUUAUGUAUUCCUGGUUUUGUUUCUCCUCUUCUCCUUUUUUGUCUUGUUGACAUGUGUGACCAUCUCGCUUUAUGGUUCUGUUAAAUCUGGAACAGAUGUGCAAUAUGUUUACAAGAUGUGCAAAGGAUCAUCAGUUUCAUUUGCUGUCUUGAGAGAGCUUCGAUUUAUUCAAAACAUCAACAAUUAUAAUCAAAAUGGUUUCUCCGUUCGAGAUGAAAAGAAUCUUGUGGUGGACCUUGUUAAAAACUCACACAAAGCUCACCUUAUGACCUACAAGUCUUUCAUCACCGAUAUUGUUGAAAUUGCUCAGCAAAACAAACUCAAUGCUGUCGUCUAUGCUGAACUUGUCAACAACUCCAUUUCUGCCUUCUUUCCUUUUGCGACAACAAUAUUAAGAAAUAGCUCCACAACCAGCAACAACAACAACAGCACAGAAUUGGCGUUCACUGAAACCUACAUGAAAAAUAGCUCCAUGAUUGAAAUCUUUAACUAUUUACUCACAGGUAUCAAUUCUUUUAUACAAUGGCCUUUGGAUCAAUACAACCAAACCACAAAGGAUUUCAAUUUCAUGUACUUGUGGAGAAAUAAGCAAUCCUCUCGAGAUGCUUUUGAAACGUUUUGUUCAUCGAUUGUGGCGAGUACUGAAACUUUUCAUUCGGAUUUUGUCAUGUCUUUUGCAAUUGUGUAUGCUGCAUUGAUCAUGAUGUAUAUCAUUGGAUUUGUGAUCUUCUUGGGAGUCAUGUUAAAAAUGAUGACCAGCGCCAAACAAGUUUCCAAGUUAUUCAACUCUGCUCUUUCAAAGAAUAUUAUUGGAAAAGUGUAUCAUGAUUUGGGGUUGAAGAAUGAUGAAGAUGUCAAAGUUCAUCUCCCCAAAUAUCAAUUUACAGCACCCAAGUACAUUUUCUUGAUGAUGGGAUUAUUUACUUUGUUAUGUUGCAUUGUGAGUGGUGGCGUCAUGGUGGUAGAAUCAAAUCUGAACUACACAGGUGUCUCAAUGACCAUGAAUAACGUGAUUCAUGGAACCACAGUCAUGAGACAUAUUCACCUUUCAAAUUUCAAAGUUGGAGAAUACUUCUCAUUUCUUGCAAGUCCACCCUCUUCAAUUAAUGAUCCAUCGUUAUUGAAAACGGAGCCUUUAACGAAUGCUGAAAGUGAAGUGAGAACAAUUUUGGACGAAUUGUAUCAGGAAUGGAAUGCUCUUAUUUAUGGAGGAAUCAGUAAGGAAGGUCAAUUUUUUCCCCCUUCCAUUGGCAAAUAUACAGAUAUUGAUCGAUUGGUGGCAGGAAUUAAAAACUGUACUCAGGCACGUGUCAUUCACAACAAUUCAACGACAACAACAGAUUUCACCAUCGAUUUGUACAUGCAACGCUUCUGCACAGGUUUGGAUGAAAUGAUCACUGAAUAUUCGAAAAAGAUUUCCAUAUUUAACAGUGAAUCUCAAAACAAGGCCUUUACCUCAAACACAGUGAUCAUGUUUAAUAACUAUAUGGAUGUCUUCUUCACUGGUUCUCUUUUGGGAGAGAAGAUUAUUGAUUUUAUGGAUGUCUUUGUGAAAUACUCGGCACAACCAUCCGUUAUUAUAACCAUUUUGUUUGGAAUUGGAUGUUUGGUAUUCAUGAUUGCCAUUUUCUAUGGAAUGCUCUAUCAAUUGGAGAAGCAUCGAUUACAAUUAAUUAAUAUGAGAAUGAUGUUGAAUUAUUUACCAUCUGAAAUCAUUGUUGGAAAUGAACAACUUCGAAAUUAUAUUCUCUACAACAUUUUAACACCAACCAAUCAAAAGAAGACAAAGAAAAACCAAAUUCAUGCCUCAGAUUCAGAACAUGCCAAUGUCAAGAGCGUAUUGAAUGCUUCUGUGGAUGGUGCCAUUUUAUGUACUAAGGAUGGAACUAUUGAAUUUGUGAAUUCAUCCACACAAAAGAUGUUUGGAUUUGCACACAAGGCGGACGUUGUUGGAGUUUCUGUCGUGACUUUGUUCGAUCAACAACAAUCUGUUCUCAUUCAAAAUAGUAUUAAGGAAAUGAAUAAGGCACAAAUAGAUGUCACUCACUCCGAAGUCAUUGAAUCCACAUGUUUGAGAAAGAAUCAAACCAAAUUCCCAGUCAAAAUUAACAUCUUCUCAGUCAUGUUCGAUACAGGUAUUCCAAUGAUCGCUUUGAUCAUUAGAGAUAUUACAGCAGAGAAGAAACAGAGUGCUGUUUUGGCAGAAGAGAAAGCCAAGUCAGACAUGUUGUUGAAAAAUAUAUUACCAGAAUCAGUGGCAGAACGUCUCAAAUCCGGUGAGACAUUUAUUGCAGAACGAUUCGCAGAUAUCACAUGUUUCUUUAGUGAUAUGGUUGGUUUUACCAAAUUGAGCUCAACAAUGAAUCCAAGUCAAUUGGUUGGAAUGUUGAACACUAUUGUCAAUGGAUUUGAUGCUCUUACGGAUACCUAUCAAUUAGAGAAAAUUAAAACGAUUGGAGAUGCAUACUUUUGUGUGGGUGGUAUUAGUGGCUCUCUCACAAGUGAUCACCCAGAGCGAGUGUUACAAUUUGCAAUUGCGACCUUUGGAGUCAUACGGGAAUUCAACAUGACUUCAGAUUUGGAAACACAAGUGGAGAUUCGAAUUGGAAUUAAUACGGGUGGAGUUGUGGCUGGUGUGAUUGGAAAAAAGAAGUUCACUUUCGAUAUCUGGGGAGAUACGAUCAAUGUCGCCUCUCGUAUGGAGUCGACUGGAGUUCCUGGACGAAUUCACAUCAGUCGCUCCACCUAUGAACGUGUGCAUGAUAUGGGUUUGGAAUUUGAAGAACGACGAGUCGAAGUGAAAGGAAAGGGAGAAUGUAAGACUUAUUUGUUAGCAGCUAAACAUCAUGAGCAAUCUAUCGUGACGAAAUAA